AUGACGACUGGCAAGGGGAAAAGACGCGCAACGAGGCCCGGCAUAUCACCAGCGUCUAUUACCAGCUCAUACGCAGCUGAAAGUCAGGUAUGGUCAUAUCACAAUACCUCCCUUGGAAUAUCCUGGUCUAAUGGUCUCAUUUACAGGAAGCCCGGACAAGGAGGAGACGCAGACAACGCACCUCGCGAUCUCCGCGCCGAAUUACUGCAAGCUGAGGCUGUGCACUUUGCAAAGAUCAAGGGCCAACCGAUCCCAGAGCUAGAGUCGGAGCCUGCUACGAAUACAUCGAAACGACAGCUUGAGAAUGGAGGAGGAGAGGAGGAAGAGGAUCCUGAGGCGAAGAGGAGGAGGGUGUUAGAGGAGAGUAGGGAUGUGGAUGCUGAUUCUGAGGAGGAGGAGGAGGAUAGUAGUGAGGAUGAUAGCGACGACGAUGAAGAUGAGACUGCCGAGCUACAACGGGAACUUGAGAAGAUUAAGCGCGAGAGGGCUGAGAAGAGGGAGCAGGAGGAACGAGAAAAAGCGGCUGCAGAAGAGGCAGAGCGGGAACAUGACAUUGCGCUUGGCAAUCCUCUCUUGAACCCCAAGUCAGACUUUCAUGUCAAGCGGAGAUGGGAUGACGAUGUGAUCUUCAAGAACCAGGCACGCGGAACCGAAGAUAAGGGCAAAAAGAAGGAAUUCGUUAAUGUGAGAACUCUUCCUCGUGCAUCUCCUGGGAAUUACAUGCUGACUUCUUGCUUAGGAUCUUUUGAGAUCGGACUUUCAUAA